CUCUAGUGAGAACACUUUUGUCAUGCCUGUCGGAGGAAUCGAAACAGUUUUUGAAGAAGAAUGGAAUAGAAUUAUCACCGCAGAUUUCGAGACGCCCGCUCUUCGAUUACAUAGGGUAUUGUCAAUAUCUUUCGCCUUCCGUGAUCGAUAACAUGAAAAGAGAAAUGGUCAGAGACGACAAUCACACAAACCUGCCGAGAGCCUAUCGAGAAACACUAAUAGAACAAGAAUUUUAUAAGAUGUUCAUGACUAGAGCCCUUCUAAAAUGUCUUACACUGCCUAAAAUUCCAUUAACAUAUUGCCCGGGUGCAAACGUGUGUUUGGAGAAAUUACGUGAACUCAGGUGUCACACAAAUCAGUUACCAGAAUUAUUUUACGGGUUAGCACAGAUAUCUCGUAACAUCAUACGAUUAACCAUUUUCCCGUGUGAUGAAGAUAACGAAGGAUUAGUGUCAUUGAUAAAAUUGCAAAAUGGAUUACAAUCGUUAGUACUGGAAUCAUCAGAAAACCUUGUUAGCGAAUGUCCAAAGAUGGGGUCUGCGUUGACCACACAGGCACAUUCUUUGACAUUUGUCAAAUUCAGAAAGAGUCUGUGUAUCUCUCCAGAAAUUCUUGCGUCAUUUGUAAAUUUGAAAAUUCUGCAACUUGACAUUUCAACGGGAAUCCCAAAUAUGGAACAAUUAGCAUACACUUGUUUGCCGAACUUAGAAAUUCUCGAUAUUUUCCGCGAUGAGAAUACCCCGUUUCACAUUUAUACUAGACUUAUAGAGAACGCAUCACCGGGAAUUCAACGUGUCUAUUGGGACGUGAUUAGUCCUCCAUCAAGUUCUUCUGAAAUAAAAAAUUAUUAUCAGAUUCUUUCCUUAUCCUGUACAUCUCUGAAAUUUGUCUCUGUUUGGUGGGAUGAAGAGUGCAUAGAGGAUCUCUAUCAUCUACUCACCUCAUGUCAUCAAUUGGAGGCAGUUAAGAUCUGCUCUCCGAUUGAUGACACAAUACUAAAUAAAGAAAACGAGAUAUUUGAAAUGCUAAAAAAAGCAAUUCCCAGGGACGUCAAGUGGGCAUAUUCGGAUUCCGCAUUGCAAGAUUUCCUGGAAUCCAGAAGAGACAAGAAUCAACUCACGUUAUUCCUACCGUGA